CUCUGCAGAAGCCAGCGGCUCCAGCCAACAGCAUAAGAUGCAGCCCGGCUUCCCCUUCCUGCUGGCCCUUCUGUCCCUUCUGGGCUCAGACGCAGGGGACUUGGUGGACCUGACUCCUGAGCUGAGCCCCACCUCCGUGCUGCAAUCUGACUUCACUUCCAGCUUCACCUCUGGCUCCAAAUCCAGCAGCAACUGGAGCGCCAGCUCUGGUUCUGGCUCCAGGACCCAGUCAUUUUCCAAUUUCACCGGCUCCAAGGAUGACCGUGGGACCUGCCAGUGCUCCAUCACUCUACCAGACACCACCUUCCCCGUGGAGAGAGUGGAGCGCUUGGAAUACAGAGCUCACAUUCUCUAUGAGAAGUUCCAGAAAGAGCUUUCUAAAGUGAAGGAGUAUGUCCAAUUAAUCACUAUCUAUGAAAAGAAGUUCGUAAACCUAACUCUCCGGGUAGAGAUCAUGGAAAAAGAUUCCAUUUCUUACACUGAAUUGGACUUUGAGCUGAUCAAGAUAGAAGUGAAGGAGAUGGAGAAAUUGAUCAUCCAGCUGAAGGAUGGUUUUUCUGGGAGCUCAGAAAUUGUUGACCAGCUGGAAGUAGAGAUAAGGAAUAUGACUCUCCUGGUAGAGAAGCUCGAGACACUAGACAAAACCAAUGUCCUUGCCAUUCGCCGAGAAAUCUUGGCUCUGAAGAACAAGCUAAAGGAGUGCGAAGCCUCUAAAAGUGAAAACAUCCCUGUCGCCCCACCUGUUCCCGCUCCUGGGACCUGCACUCACGGUGGUGUGGUGAACAUCAGCAGACCCUUUAUAGUUCAGCUCAACUGGAGAGGGUUUUCCUACAAGUAUGGUGCCUGGGGUCGAGAUUAUUCUCCCGAGAAUCCAGACAAAGGGCAGUAUUGGGUGGCACCGUUGAAUCCAGAUGGGAGAAUGUUGGAAUAUUACCAACUCCACAAUACAAUGGAUGAUCUGCUAUUGUACAGACAUGCCAAACAGUCCCGAAUUACCUAUGGCCAAGGCAGUGGUACAGCAGUUUACAAGAAUAACAUGUAUGUCAACUGGUACAACACUGGCAACAUUGCCAAAAUUAACCUGACCACCAACACCGUCUCUGUGACUCAAAAUCUCCCCUAUGCUGCCUAUAAUAACCGCUUUUCAUAUGCUAAUGUUGGCUGGCAAGACAUUGACUUUGCUGUAGAUGAGAGUGGAUUGUGGGUGAUUUAUUCCACUGAAGCCAGCACUGGUAACAUGGUGAUUAGUAAACUCAAUGACACCACCCUUUUGGUGCUAAACACUUGGCAUACCAAGCAGUAUAAACCAUCUGUUUCUAAUGCCUUCAUGAUAUGUGGGGUUCUGUAUGCCACCCGUACUCUGAACACCAGAACAGAAGAGAUUUUCUACUACUAUGACACAAACACAGGGAAAGAGGGCAGACUAGACAUUAUAAUGCAUAAGAUGCAGGAAACUGUGCAAAGCAUCAACUAUCAUCCUUUCGACCAGAAGCUUUUUGUCUAUAAUGAUGGCUACCUUCUGAAUUAUGAUCUCAUCUUCAAGCAGGAGCCCCACUAAACUGUUCAGGUUGUCGGGUGAGAGAGAAAUAAAAUGUUUGUUGAAAAAAAUGGUCUUAAAAAAAUGUAAACAUGGUCUUCUCCACUUAUUUAGAUACCUGCAGUGCAAUCCUGGAGUGUAUUUGCUUAGUUCCAGUAUUUGGGAGCAUAGUUCUACCACACUAGAGACUUAAGAUAUUUGCCCUGAUUUGAUAAGUUGUCUUGGAAGCCAUCUGCCUCCUGGGAUGCAUUUCCUUACUGAAGUAAGAUCCUUCCAGGGUGGGAUUGUCAUGGGC